AUGUCGCGCGCGACAUUAACACUCGUUACGGGAAACGCUGGCAAGCUGGCCGAAGUGAAAGCGAUACUAUCGUCAUAUGAGGUGCGAAGCGUGAAUGUGGACCUGGAUGAGUAUCAAGGUGAACCUGAGUAUGUGGCCGAACGCAAGGCAAAAGAAGCCGCAGAACGUGUGGAAGGCCCCGUACUGGUCGAGGACACUAGCCUGUGUUUUAAUGCGCUUGGUGGAUUGCCUGGUGUUUAUGUGAAAUGGUUUUUGAAGAAGCUUGGACCUUCUGGAUUGUAUCAAAUGUUAGCGGGUUUUGACGACAAAUCUGCUUAUGCUCAAUGUAUUUUUGCAUUCACUGAAGGGAAAGAUAAGCCAGUACACAUUUUCAAAGGCAAAUGCCCAGGACAUAUUGUCUAUCCACGAGGACCGCCCGAUUUUGGUUGGGACCCAUGUUUCCAACCCGAAGGAUUCCUACAAACAUUCGCCGAGAUGGAGAAAACAACUAAAAAUAAGAUCAGCCAUAGAGCAAAAGCUCUAGAAUUGGUGAAAAGGUUCUUCGAGGAGACAAAACAAUAG